AUGUUUGAUAUUUUCUUUGAUGAGUAAACAACUUCCUAAGCAAAAGAUUAAGCAAUUAAAAAAUAAAGAUAACCUAAAAAGCAGUCAAUACUUAGUGAUAGAGCUAAAAAUUACGGGAUUGCUUAAUGCUAGGAUACGAAAGACAUAAGAGAAACAGAGAGAAGCUAAUAUGAGUAUCAUAUUUGUGAAGAACAAUUUUACAACAUUGAUUAACUUUUCAUUGUCAAAGGUUCUGAUGAGGUUAUUCUUAUAAACAAUGCUGAUGACUACUUCAUAGUAUUUAAGAUAAACGAUUGCCAAAUUAACUUUGAGAAUCUGAUGAAUUACAAAAUGCUUAGCUUGCCAAGGAAAUCAGUGAAGACUAAUUAUCCUAAUGACUUGAUAAAGGUAUAAUCUUGCCAUCAAGGCUAAUACUUAUGCUUUGUGAAUUAGAUGACUUUAAAAAUAGAGGGGACAGUGCUUUCCAAGGAUAUCUAUAAUUUUAAUAGUCUCCAAAUUAUAAACUUGAAAUAGUUUGAUACUGAAUAAAAUAUUUGUAGCAUCGAUGGAGACUGUAAAGACGGAAUUCUAGCAAAUGAGUAAAUCUUUCUACAAGGUGAAAUAGAUCCAAAUUAAAAUGGUUCAAGUUCAAAUAUAAGUGCUAUAGAUAACAAUUCUACAAUUGAAAAUAAUACUAUGCUUAAUCGUACAGCAAAUUCAGAUGAUGAAGUCUUCGAUUUCAAGAAGAUAUAUCAUUUUGGCUUCAAUGCUAUCGUAGUAUCUUUAAUAUUACUCUUGCAUGUUACCUAUAAAAUAUAUAGAACUAAAAGGUUUAGUUAGACUACUCAUUAUUUGCGCAAAUCUUCUCAUUUUUGGACUGAAGAUCGCAGAGAUAGGUAUGAGUUAUUUAAUGAUCAGCUAUAAGAUUCGUUGGAGUAGCUUUUACCAAAGAAUAAAUACAUCUAAAUUAUUGGUAAGGAGGAUGAAUAGGCUGAUGAUGAUUACUUUUCACCUUAAAAAAGAAGUAACACAACUGGGAAAAACACAGAGUUUAUGUAUUAGCAGCAAAGAUCAGAAUUCAGAUAAGGUGGGAAUAUCGGCCAAGAAUAGAAAUAGCCUUUUCAAGGAUUCAGAGGAAAUCUAUUUUAGGACUAAAAUAAGGCAAAUAAUUCAUAGCAUUAACAAAAGAGAUAAACAGAAGUGUAUAACCCACCUACAAUAAUUGGUGGGGCCUCAUUCAAAAAGCGGUUGAGUUCAAUCACGAAUUCAGAUGAAUUUAAAUAAAAAGCUAAUUAAAGAGUCUCAUUUAAGGUUCCAAGUAACAAAUCCUGA